GUCCUGCUGACUAUCUUUCACCAGUCUGCACAGUGCGGCUCAGUAUAGCGUGUUAUACACAUCUUUCCGAGACAUCGCUCUGCGUCAACACUACAUCCAGAGUCUCGACUCUUGACGUGUUCCACUUAACCUUAUCAUGUUCUAUCCGCCAUUAUGUCUAGCCAUCCGAUUCCGAACAUCCGCCAUUCGGAUCGGCUAGGUUCAUGUCUUGUUUCCGCUAUAUAACCCUCUAUGGGGAAGUCUAGAUGGGACUAACAUGGAAUCUCCAACUCAAAUGACCUCUAUCAGCUCUGGGUCUGAAAGUUCAGGCUCUUCGGAAUGCGUUUCCCAUUGGCUUCGAGAAACGGAAGCAGCUGAAUUGCUGACGGAAUUAGAUUCCGCGUUGAUGCUGGAGCAAGUGGAUAGAGCAAGCGAUGAUAACAGUGAUACAGAUAGUGUUGUGCUAACGGAACGUCAACAGACUUUUUCCCUGCUAUGGGAUGCAGCGUCCACUGGGCUGUUGACGGGCAACGACACAGAAAUGCUUCUGGUUGAAAUUGAGCGUGCAGAUCAGUAUGCCACUAUGAGUGAUGAAACGUCCUCUUCAGACCCAAGAAAACUCCUGUAUUCGGAACGUAGCAAUUUGAUCUUGCGAUACGUGCAAGAAGAGUGUGAGGAAAAGCUGAGCGAAGUUCAGUUUGAUCUAGACACCUUCGUUGAAACACAUUCCCGUCCUGCCGAUGACAGAACAAACGACGUCUCGCUUGAUCGUGAACUAGCAAGAGCGACGAAUAAACGUCAGGCUAUUGACGUGUUGUCGUUCGAUGCUUCAGACGAUACAGCAUCCUUGCGAGAAGCAUACAUGCUUACUUUGAUAUCGCUCUUUGCGCUUGUCGCACUAGUAGCUACCGUCUCAUCAUGAUGAAUCAGAAUUUUAUUACGCCCAAAAAAUUCAGAAGUAUUGCAAAUGUUUCAUAAACGUUAACAGUACGA